CGGACUCCCAGCCGGCCGGCGUGAGGGGGGCGCUGCGGCGGGAGGCCUCGGCGGAUAGGGGGUGUGCCAGUGCCCGCCGGUCAUCCUAUUCUCCCACCUCCGCCGCCGAGGGCGGGGCGACUGAGCCGCCGAGUGAGUCUCUCUUUUUCUGCCUGCCGGGCGGUCCUGGCUUUGCCAGAGGCCGCCGCCGCCGGCCAGCCGGUACCGCCAUCACCACAGCCACCACCACCGUCCUCAUUAUGAAGGAAUGCGAGUACCGGCAGAUCCCGCCGGGCACCCCGGCUGCGCCUCCCUCCUCGGAACCGCCGGCAACUUCUUCCGUGGUGGCCACCACGACUCCGGCGCAGCAGCCCCGCCGCAAAUGGGAGGUCUUCCCCGGGCGCAACCGCUUCUACUGCGGCGGCCGCUUCAUGCUGGCGCGGAACAGCGGCGUCUUCUUCCUCACGCUCGGCCUCAUCGUGGUCACCAGCGGCCUCUUCUUCGCCUUCGACUGUCCCUUCCUGGCCCGUAACCUGACCUUGGCCAUUCCUAUCAUUGCUGGCAUCCUCUUCUUUUUUGUCAUCAGCUGCUUGCUGCAGACCAGCUUCAGAGAUCCUGGUAUCCUGCCCAGAGCCACCCCCAGUGAAGCUGCAGACCUGGAAAAAUGGAUUGACAGCCUGGGCACCUCCACUUAUCGGCCACCUGCCCGCACCAUGGAAGUUAUCAUAAACAAAUACAUGGUGAAGUUGAAAUACUGCUAUACUUGCAAAAUGUUCCGUCCUCCCAGGACCUCCCACUGCAGUGUCUGUGACAACUGUGUAGAACACUUUGAUCACCACUGUCCCUGGGUGGGCAACUGCGUGGGGAAACGGAAUUAUCGAUACUUCUAUGCCUUCAUCCUCUCCCUCUCCUUCCUGACAGCCUACAUCUUCGCUUGUGUCAUUACCCACCUCGCCCUGCGUUCCCAGGGAAGUGAUUUCCUCACUGUUUUGAAAGCAACACCAGCAAGCUUGUUGGAAUUGGUGGUUUGUUUUUUCUCAGUCUGGUCUAUUUUUGGCCUCUCAGGGUUUCACACUUACUUAGUUGCCUCCAACUUAACAACCAAUGAAGAUCUCAAAGGAGCAUGGUCAAAUAAGAGAGGGUCUGAAUUUGCCAAUCCCUACAGCCAUAAAAGUAUCUUCACCAACUGCUGUGCAGUGCUCUGUGGACCAUUCUAUCCCAGCUUGAUAGACAGAAGAGGAUUUAUCCAAGCAGAUGCUGGGACCCCAUCUACUCCUAAGACUGAAAUCCCUUCCUUUGGAACGAAAUCUGAUGCCAGCAUGGUAUGAGCCAACUCUUAAGCCAUCCUAUGCCUUUGCCUACCUUCAGCUGGUGCCUCUCUUCCACUUUACCAUUUUCUGGGCUCAGGCAAGACAGCCUUGUUGGGCGGAGCCUCCAGAGUUCCUACUCAAACCACAUGCCAUUGUCUUGUGUAUUGAUUUUUAUUUGGUUUGAUUUGUAUACAGUGGAACUUAAACAGGACACUGGACCGCUGCAGUUAAGCCUCUAGGCAGGACCCUCCUGUCACACAGGGAAAAAGAGGGUCGGAACUGCCUGGAGCAGAGCGUGCCACUGGUUGGUAGAGAAUACCAGCUUCUCGAGGACCAUCCAUUCUCAGAGGGUCUGCUGUAGGGCUUGGUUUAAAAGGAUGUAGUAAUUUGCAUGCAUGGAGUUGGUAUGGGGAAAGGGAGGGGGAGCCAAGGAAUCAUCUCCUAAACUGCACUGCAGAUUAUAUUUAAACUUGCUCCUUGAUGAACGUGGACAGCAGCUUUGAUGUUAGUCUGUCCGGCCUGCCACUCCGUAUGAGGAUCCCUCCACAAAGGAUAAUUGGUGCUUGCCCAAGCUGCAAGGCAGAGAGCUGAAUCAUUUGAGGACACAGCAGUCCUUGCCCUAGCAGCAAGUGGUGCUUGCUGAGCUGGUUUGCCUGGGAUGGCUCUCCUGUCCCUACUUAUGGGAGUAAAAGGGAUGCAAAUAGUUGGAGAUCCCUAAGGAAGAUCAUGAGCAGAUCUACUAGAUAAAUCAGCAGACUAUGUUUUCUCACUUUGGGAAGUGACCAGGAGUCCUCCUUGUUGGUUUCAGUUGAAUGAGGGCUAUGAUAACAGGCUGAACACAGUCCUGUGAGGUUCAUUGUUUAAUUGUUCGAAGAAAAUUAAGCAAGACAAUUUGAGAUUCUUAAGUGAUGUGAAUAGAGAUGGGAUAUAGUUCCCUGGUGUGUAUAUGAGUAACAAAGCUAUUUUUUUUAGGGGGGCGGGGGAGAUCUGUACAUAGGAGACCUGUACAUAGGAGACCUAUUAACCAAAGGCUGUGUUCAAGGAGGAAUUUGGAGCAGAAUCUUCCUGCCCACAUACAUUGUCCAAAAAUGAGCUUAUUUCCUGUAGGAAGCUGAGGCCAUUCAUUUGGAUUCUUGACCAGUCUGAUAAAGAGCAAGAUAACACAUUUCUUCUUAUUGGAGCUUCUCUUACAGUGCCUCCUGUCUUGUUAUGUUCUUAUGCAUAUAGCAAAACAAAAUAUAUGUUAAAUACUUGAAAUAUGUUUAUUAAAAGCUGCUGGAUAUUUUUGCACAUAUUUUUGUAGGGUUUUCUAAGGAUUUUUUUUUAAAAAGUAACUUUUUUGCUAUACAUAAACCUGUGCUACGAAUUCUUGGAACUAGGUUAGAUUUUUUUUUACAGUGUUGGAAUUUGUGUAUCAAGUAAUUUACAUACACAAAAAUAUAUAAGCCAUUAUCCCCUAGAGCAGCCUUUCCCAACCAGUGUGCCUCCAGAUGUUGUUGGACCACAACUCCCAUCAGCCUCAGCCAGCAUUGCCAAUGGUCAGGAAAGAUGGGAAUUGUGGUCCAACAGCAUCUGGAGGAACACUGGUUGGGAAAGGCUGCCCUAGAGUUUGCCAGUCCAUAGGAAAAUAUGAGGAGUGAAUAGGACACAUGAGGGCUAGCUAGAUUCUCCUUUCUUAUCUCUAUAGGCCUACAGAAAUUAGGUUUUGUGGAAAGCGAAAUAAGAUCUUUGUCUCAAAGGGACAAAUCAAGCACAUCUGUGCCUUUCCCUGCUUUGCAUCUGCAGAGGAUUAGGAAAGCACAAACAAUGAGGUCACACUGCAGGAAUUUUCACUGAACGUAAGUUGGUGAUUGGAUAGGGAACAAAUCAAAUCUUUCCUUCCAACUUCUUCAUUCAUGCUCUUCAUUGCCAUGUGUUACAUCCUUUGUCACCUUGUUCUUGAAAGAACAAGAACCUUCGUGUUCUUGAAAGCCAUCAGUUGCAACAAAUUUGUUUUGUGAGGAGGAGGAGGAGGAAGUUACAUCCAUCUUACAUUCUCCAUUAGUAAGAGUUAGCCAACCUACUGUGGCAGGAGUAGCCAACUUGGGGCCCUCCAAAUGUUGUUGGACUGCAACUCCCAUCAUCCCUGACGAUUGGCAGUGCUGGCUGGGGCUGACGGGAGUCAGAGUCCAACAGCAUUUAGAACAGGCAUGGGGAACCUCUGGCCCUCCAGAUGUUGCUGGACUGCAAGACCCAUUCGUUCCUGGCCAUGGGCCAUGCUUGCUGAAGCUGAUAGAAGUGGUAGUUCACCAGCAUCAGGAAGGCCAAGGGUUUCCCACACCUGAUCUAGAGAUCCUAUAGGUUAUUCACCCCUGCACUAUCUAUGCUGGUCUUGUUUUUAGUUUUAAUUUUGGUUAGUGCAGACAGCAUAUGGCAGUCAUAGUCUGUUUGCCUGACAAAUCAGGAUUGUUACAGCAAGGAUAGAGAAGUGCCUAUAAUCACCUCCCUUUCUAGAAUUUGGGUUUGCACUUCAGACAAGCUCAGAUACAAAGCAAGGGCCAUACUGGAACAUUCUGGUGGGGUCUUCCACAGCAUCUUCCCUCAGCUGGAUGUUGUGUGCGGAAUGCAUGAUAUGUAACCAUCUAUAUUAUAGGGCUUCUUGAGUUGCAUAUUUAUUCCUAUGGGCAAAAUGUGGCUUAUUCAUAGAGCAGAGCUGAAGGGUUUGAGAACUGAUCAGCCUCUUGGAGAACCUCUGAGUAUGACUUACUACCCUAGGAGGUACUGCUGGACUCAAGAGCCUCUUCUGCUAAAUAUAGGCCCUCAAGACGUUAUGGAUUUCC